AUGCAGUCAAUGUGCUUUGCCCCCGUCGUCGGCGCAUUGUACUUCCAGCAGCAACCUCGCGUGGGUUUCGGGGGCUCUCGGAUCUUUCUUGGUGCCUCGUGCGGCUCGACGGUGCCCGGCAGGGUGCGCGCCCCCCGUGCGCCGCGCGCGCGCGGGGUCGUGCCGGCGUGCCGUGCUUCAAGUGCUGCCACACGCCCAAGUUUUCUUCAGCACAGGAUCCGGGCUGCUAUCCGGGCUGCCUCCCCAGGCGAGCCGGGGCGUCAGCGAACCCUGGGGUGCGUGUGGCCCAAGAGCCCUCGCAUCCCCAACGCCAGGCCAGAAGCCGAGGCAGCGCGCAGCGUUGCAGUCAGGAUGGCUGGUUCAGGCGAGCUAGAAGCUUCGCUGGAGACCGUCAUCGCCGACGAAGCCUUUGGGCUGGCGGAUUCGACAGCGCACCUCCGUGUUAAUUUAAAGGGCCGCAGGAGUUGGUGA